GUUUCUCCAAGGGAGAUGACCGUCUCACCGCCAGCGUCGCCAACGGGCCAUGCCCCGCGACCCAUCAGCGCGGUGAUGCGCACGCCGCGCAGCAAUAGUCGCAUGAGUAUGAGCAGCAGACAGGGUGGAAGUCGAGCCUCUGACGAUGAUGGAAAAACCGCGGUCAAAGUCGCUGUUCGAGUGCGACCACCGCUGAAGCCCACCGACCCCGGAUACGAGUUGAUUCCCCAACGAUUCCAGCGAUCCAUGGUUCACGUUACGGCUUCGACCAGCUUGGCCGUGGACGUCCCGCAGGGCCGCAAGCUGUUUGUUUUCGAUCGUGUCUUCCCCGAGACGGUUGAUCAGGAUGGUGUCUGGGACUAUUUGAAUGAUAGCGUCAACUCCUUCGUCCAAGGAUACAAUGUUUCGAUUCUGGCGUAUGGCCAGUCUGGCGCUGGAAAAUCGUACACCAUGGGCACAUCCGGGCCCAGCGAGCAAGGCCAUUCGGAGGCAAUGGGCAUCAUCCCCCGCGCUGCACAGGCCUUGUUCGAUAAGCUCGACGGCUCGAAACACAAUCGCAACGGAUCCACGACCGGUCUCCGAACACCCCAGAGAUACUCGAUGAGCUCUGCAGCAAGCCUCGGCAAACAAAGCCCGGAGAAGAAUUGGCAAAUGAAGGCGACCUAUGUCGAGAUCUACAAUGAACAGCUUCGGGAUUUGCUGCUUCCUGACUCGACACCCGUCGGUGAUCGCAGCACCGUCACUAUCCGCGAAGACGCCAAGGGACGCAUUCUUCUGACUGGUCUGCACCAAGUCAGUAUCAACUCCUUUGAAGACCUGAUUGGGGCUCUGAACUUUGGUUCCGCUAUUCGUCAAACCGAUUCCACCGCCAUUAAUGCCAAGUCCUCUCGUUCCCACGCCGUCUUCAGCUUGAACCUCGUCCAGCGCAAAUCUUCCGGCCAACCGACGUCUCCCAAAGAAAAGCGCAUGUCCAUGCCCGUGGACCCAUUCUCUAGCGGCGACUCCAUUACCGUUGAUAGCAAGCUGCACUUUGUGGAUUUGGCAGGUAGCGAACGUAUGAAAAACACCGGUGCCUCGGGUGAACGUGCGCGGGAGGGUAUCUCCAUCAAUGCCGGUCUCGCCGCCCUCGGCAAAGUCAUUUCGCAGCUCUCGUCUCGCCAGUCCGGCUCUCACGUUUCCUACCGCGACUCAAAACUCACCCGUCUGCUCCAGGAUUCUCUGGGCGGUAAUGCAAUUACAUAUAUGAUUGCCUGUGUAACCCCCGCUGAGUUCCACUUGAGCGAGACUCUCAAUACAGUUCAGUACGCCCAGCGAGCCAGAGCUAUCCAGAGUAAGCCUCGAAUCCAGCAAGUGGCAGACGAAGGCGACAAGCAAGCUUUGAUUGAACGAUUGAAGGCCGAGGUGGCCUUCCUCCGCCAGCAGAUCCGCAACACCGAAGGUUCGGACCGUCGAGACGCGGCAUCCACAGAGCGCAGCGAGCGCAAGAAUGAACGCGAAAUCCAGCUGCAAAACCAGCUGCUGGACGUCCAAGAGAGCUACAACGCUCUCAGCCAGCGUCACACGAAACUCAUUUCGCACCUGGCCAACGAUGCGGAGGCUACUAAGGGCGAGACCGACGAUCCAGCUUCCGAGUUGGCCGAGAGUUCCAUCGAGCGAAUGCAGCGAUCCAAGUCGUUCGCCGAGUCCGUGGAACUGGUGGUUCUUGAAUAUGAAAAGACAAUUCAAAGCCUGGAGACUUCACUGUCUGACACUCGGUCUUCUCUGGCAACCACAGAAAGCACCCUUUUGGAGCGUGAAACCAAGUGCACUUACGUCGAGACCGUCAACCAGCAACUCCAGUCUCGCGUGCAGAAGCUUUUGGCUCGGGAUACCAGCAAUGAGACCUACCUGCAUGAGCUAGAGUCGAAGCUCGACGGUGCCACUACCGGCGAGGAGAAGCAUGCGGCCAUUGUGGCCGAGCUGCGCAAGGAGCUUAGCCGUGCCCGUGAAAAUGAGACGAGCUGCGAGGAAUACAUUUCCACAUUGGAAGAUCGACUCGCCGAGUCUGACCAGGACAUGGAGCUAAUGCAGCGUGAAGUGAUUCGCCUGGAGCAUGUUAUUCAGCGCCAACGGGGCCUCGGAACCAUUGAUCACUUGCUACACGACCUUGACCAGCGUCGUCAAAAUGGCGAGAACCAUGACGGCACUAACGGAAUCGACUCGUCCUAUUCUCCCACGCCCAUUAAGCCUUCGCAGUUCCACCGUCACACUCCCUCUUUGGACGUCCUCAACGAAGCAGCCGAGACCGCCAUUCCCGAAUCGGACGAAGAUCUGGGAGAACCAAUUCCAGAAGAGGAUGAUGAAGAGGUCGCGGAGGCCGAGAAGACCGCUGAUGUGCCUGGUGAUGAUUUGCAGGUGCUGGAGACUGUGACCAACAAGCUGGAGGCUCGACGCUCCGAAGCUAUGUAUGAGGAGCCCCUUACCAGCCCGGCCCAGUCCAAGUUUGUUGCCGACAAGCUCGAGACAGUUACUCAAGAGCUGUUUGACCUGCGUCUUAACCACGAGUCUACUCUGAACGACUACGAGACGCUCGAGUCCAAGUAUGAAGAAGCGUUGAAGGCUCUGGCUGAGCUCCGCCGGGACAAGCUCGAUGAAGCUCGUCACCCCGCUCCAGAUGCCCAGAACAGCGCUUCUCGCCCCGUCUCUUUUUUAGACGACAGGAGCGCUCCGAACUCGAACUCUGGAGCACAACACUCAUUCUCGCAGUCGCUCUCCUCGGAAUUGUCCUCGGCCGGGGAAUCAGUUGCAUUGCACGAGUCCUCUGAAAUCAAGCCAGAGACCCCUAUUACCACUGUCGCUUCCUCCACUCCCAUCCAGUCUGACGAGGAUGCCGAGAAGAUGCGCAAGGCCCUUGCUGAGCACCAGGAAAGUGCCGAAAUCAUGACCCAGAAAUAUGCCGAGCUUCAAGCCGAGCACGAGGCGAUCCUUGGAAUUGUUGAGAAGCUGAAGGCCGAGGCCGAGGCUCAGCGCACCAGGACUAGCUCCCCCACCACCCCCGGUUUCAAGAUGAUUCGCCGCAUGACAAGCCAAAAUCUCCUGUCUGGCGUUGACCGUGCUCACCGGUCGCUCACCGCGCUGCGGACAAUUGCGACUGAGGAGCUUGCGAGCCGGCCCGAGAUUCUUCAGACCUUUGAGGUCCAUCUCGACGCCACCAUGCACGAAUUGGCAACCCGCAUGGAGCGCCUCCAGUCCAUGGAAGCUGAGAACCAAAGUGUGAAGAAGGAGAUGGAAAUGAAGGCCACCAUUAUCUCUGGACUCACCCGCGAACGAUCCAGCAUGCAGGGAGCCUCGUCUAUGGACAUGGCUAUGGUAUCUCAACUCCGUGACCAGGUUGUGGGCCAGGAAAUCCAGAUCAACGAGUUACGGGAAGCCCACGAGGCUCGUGAGAACCAACUCUUGGCUGCCAUUGAGAACCUCAAUAGCCUUCUGAAGACCCAGGAGAUCGCGACCAAGGCUAUGGAUGCCGGUGCCGAGGAGCAGGAUAAGAAGAUCAAUGCUCUGGAGGGCGAACUCAACGAGUGGAAGAGCAAGCACCAUACUGCUCUAGAGUCCGUGCAGUCAUCGGAGAAACAACUUACCACAACCCUCGUUGAGCUUGAAAGCGCGCUUGCGUCUGUGGAGGCUAUGCGCGCAGAGCGGGCUAACUCGGGUGAUACCUCUAACGAUAAGGAAGCCGCUGCACAGGCUCUCGAGAGCGAACGUGCCAAGCAGCAGGAGCUUGUUGAUGGUCUGAAGAAGGAUAUUGAUGAGCACAAGACCACCAUUGCUACUCAACUGGCGACUAUUGCUGGCCUGGAGAAGUCUCAUUCGGAUGCUCAAGAGCAGCUAUCUGCACAGCUUGCUUCCAAGGACGUUGGCGGUGACUCCGCUGACACCCACAGCGCACGUAUCGCCGAACUCGAGCAGGAGAUCUCGACUAACAAGGCUGCCAUUGAUGCACACAAGACAAACCUGGGUUCGCUACAGGAGACCCAUACGCGGGAGCUGGCUGAGCUGGAGGAGCGCACCAAGGCUGCUCUUCAAGCCGAGCACGAGUCCCGUCUUUCUGAGAAAGAUGCCGAGCAUGCCAAGUCGAUGGCGACUCUGCAGAAGGACAUUACCGAGUCUCGUGAUGAAUUAGUGAAGCUGCUCAAGGCAGUUUCGACUCUCUUGAACUCGGAUGUGACUGCCGAGACGAUGGCAGACCAGAUCCAGGAUGUUUUGGCCCAGAAGCAGCACUUCUCCGAGAAGUAUGCGGAACUGAUGGACACCAACGAGGAUCUGCGUAAACAGCUCGACAGCGCCAACGUCGAGGAAUUGGCGAAAAAGAGUUCCGUCCAGGAAGCCAAGGUAAAUGAGCUGGCUCUCUUGGUUGCCACCCUGGAGGAUGCUCUUCGCCAGAAGGACGAGCAGGUGAAGAAGAAGGAGACUUUGGUUGAGGAGAUCACCGCCGAGAAGGAGAAGAGUGUGCGCCUGGUGGAGGAGCUCGAGGAACAAAUUACCAACAGCUUCGACCAGCACCACAACCGCUUGUCUGUUAUCCAGCAAGAACGUGACCAAGCUCUGGAGGAUGCAAAGGCCAGAAUUGUUGUUCUUGAGUCGGACAUCGAGACCUACCAGAUGCGGAUUGAGCAGCUCGAGCUUCAACUCAAGAACGGAACCCAAGAUGGCUCGCACGAUCGCAGCAGCUCGAUGACAUCGAACCUCCGCAAGAGCUCAUCUGCCGCAUCUCUACCCUCGCCGCCUCCGGCCAUUCCCCUUCCUCCUCUCCCAACCAUCGCUCAAAGCAAUGGCUCCAGCAGCGUGUCCCCACCCAGCUCUCGCCACGCUAGUAAGGAGCUGGUGAACAUCCAGCUAGUUGAAGAUCAAGAAGCCCGCAUCCGGACUAUCGAGAAGCACUUGUAUGCCGAGAAGCAGCUGACUGCUACCCUCGAAGAGGCACUCGGCGACCUGGAAGCCCAGAGCAGCAAGGUCAAGUCCGACUGCGAGUCCUGGAAGAAGAAGGCGUGGCAAUUCGAGGACGAGCUGUCCACUCUUCGCAAGGAGCGCAACUCCGCCCGUCUUUCUCUCCAAGUCGUUGAGGAGGAGCGCAGUGCUCGCCGCGAAGCCGAAGCCGCUCGUGCCCAGCUGGAGGAACGGAUGAACGCCCUCAACAAGAAAAAGAAGAAGAGCACGCUUAACUGCUUCUAA